AUGCAGAAUUACGGCCAACAGCCUGGCUACCAGCCGCCAGGAAGCGCAGGAGCCUUCGCGGGGCAGCAGCAACCAGCUCCACCGCCACCAGGGUACGGAGGAUAUCAGUCCACCGCACCACCGAAUCAGAACCAAUGGGCUCCGCCAGCCCAGCAUCAGGGCCAGAAUCAACAAUGGGGUCAACCGCAGCAGCAGGCAGCAAGCGGAUACAACACGGGCACAUAUGGGGCUAUGCCUGGUGUGCAACAGGUAAACAUAAUGGAGUAA